AUGUUUUUGCGUGACAUCUUUAAUGCCUCCUUUUUAAUUUUAGUGGACAAACAAGCUUUUGUAACGUGCGCUACGAAUGAUUCAUAUGCUCUAGGAGCACUCGUACUAGCCCAGACUCUACGAAAUGUGCAAACGACAAGGAAAUUAGCUAUCAUUAUUACACCACAUGUCUCUAACAAAAUAAAGUGUCUUUUGGGCAAAUCUUUUGAUGUUGUCAAAGAAGUGGAUGUUUUGGACAGCAAAGAUGAAGCCAAUUUAGCCAUAUUAACCAGACCAGAUUUGGGCGUCACAUUCACAAAAUUCCAUUGUUGGCGACUGACCCAAUUCGAAAAAUGUGUUUUCUUUGACGCAGACAUAAUGGUAUUAAAAAACUGCGACGAAUUGUUUGAAAACGAUGAGCUGUCCGCAGUACCAGACGUCGGGUGGCCAGACUGUUUUAACUCGGGUGUAUUCGUCUUCAGACCUAACGACAAAACUUACAACGACAUCAUCCAGUUUGCUGUCCAAAAUGGAAGCUUUGAUGGCGGGGACCAAGGAGUUUUAAAUAUGUUUUUCAAAGACUGGAGGACGGCUGACAUAUCCCGACACUUGUCUUUCAUUUACAAUAUGAAUGCUAAUGUCACAUAUACAUAUCAACCUGCAUACAAACAGUUCGGCAAAGAUGUUAAAGUCGUACAUUUCCUUGGACCCAUCAAACCGUGGAUGCAUUUUUACAACAGUGAAACUGGGCGAGUUCAGUCCGACAGUCCUCACUCACAAGAGCACCUGCAGAUAUGGUGGGACAUUUUCAUGAAGCAUGUUCAACCUAGUCUGACAGCAGAAUGUAAAGGAAUUGCUGGCGAAUUAUCAAAGCUACACUUGGGACCACCAGGCAAACCUCAAAGCGAAAGCUCAGAAAUGCGAAGAUUCUCUUGGGAACGAGGGCAAAUCGAUUAUAUGGGAGAAGAUGCCUUCUCCAACAUACAGAAGAAGUUAGAAUCUUCAAUAAACGGAGACAAGAAAUAGCUGUGUCCAAGAUUUUUAGCUACUAUGCAGUGUCUCCGACAAGGAGAUCUUUUAUAGCUCUUGCAAUUGUGUUUUCCUGCCAUCAUAAUUUAACAUUUGUUCAACAGUUUGAAAUGAACUUCUGAAAUGGAAGUUGCUGCUGCUAGUGCCUAUCGUUUUCGAUUAAUGUCUAUACCCAGAAUCUUUUAAAAUUAACUUUAGUGUGCUAUUUUCUGUUUCACUGUAGGAACGUUUCAUCCACUGGACUUCACACUUUCAAUUCCAU